CAUUUCAGGUCGCAGAUGUCUCGGAGUUUUUGCAACAGCCGCGACGUCGACGGGAAUUCUUCCGAAGAAGGAUCCGAGCCUCGUGGCUCUUUUUCCCCGGUGUCAAACUGUUCCAAACAUGGACGGGAUGAUGGAAAAGGUGGCAAUAAGAUUAUCGAUCAAGAGCCCGAACAUAACAACGAGGUCGACGACGACGACGACGACGAAGGCUGUCGACCAGAGGACUGCGAAAAUGAGAAAACUUGCUGCAGCAGCAACAACAACAGCGACGGCGAAGAAAUAAACGAAUGUCCAGCGCUGAUCAAAAGAUGCGACAUGUUCAAAAGGUUCACGGCCUCUUCCAAAACAUACGAUACAUACAAGCAC